CAAACCACAAAAUAAACAAAUCAAUUGUAAAAAAAAUAAAAAUAAAGAAAGCCCGCAAUCAUUAAAUCGGCAAUUGCAAUUUAAUUGUGAAGUGUGCGUACGUGUGUGCGUGUGCGUGUGUGUGUGGUGGGUGGCGGUAAUUAGUCAAAAAGUCGCUUUCAAAAUGCCUUUGCUGCCAACCAUCGAGGAGGAGGGAAAACUACCCUGGCUACGUCUCAUGUGGCGCUAUCGCAUGCAAUUUCAAUCUAUGGCCUCGGCCUCCAUGGUGUUUGUGGGCAGCGGUAUGAGAUUAGCCUGGUCCAUAUUUGAUACACCAGCUGGUAAAUUUCUCAAUAAUAAUACCACACACAAUCUAAUGAUGAGUUGGUACAUUGGCGCUGCUUUAGGUGCUCUAUUGGCGGCUUUGUUUGUACAGCGUGUUACCAAAAAUGUGGCAUAUACCUCAAGUGGGUUUCUUUUGCUAAUGGCUGGCAUAUUGAAUCUUGCCCUGCCACAAUUAUUUAGUGCCGCCUGCUACAGUAGCGUUAGUGUCGGUGCCGCCUAUGGACUAACACAGGUUCAGGCAUUGGUCACUGGUUCCGAAGUGGCACACAAAUCCAUACGCGGCAUGCUAUUGAGCUGUGAACGAAUCUUUCUAUGGCUGGGCGUUUCCAUACAAGUCUUCUAUACACGUUUGUGGUACGCCUUGGAGCCCUUGGAACGUGGACAUGCCAUGCACAUUGAUCAGUUGCAUGGCAUACUUUUGGCUGCCCUUGGUGUGGCGGCGGUUAUACUGGCAUUGGCCCAUCGUUUGGAAUCACCGCUACUGUUGUUGCAUCAGGAACGGGAUAUGGCUGUGGGUGAUACAUUGAAGCAAUUGCAUGGCCAAUCGGCCACCGAAUUGAUGCACCUACGCGAAGAUUGUCGGCAAUUGCACAAUGCCAGGGACUGGGAACAAUUUGCUGAGGAACCAAAUCGAGAUUUAAGCUGUUGGCAUCGUUGCGCACGUCGCUUGUUGCCGCUGCUUAAGGUACUACUUGUACGAUGUUUUGCCACAUUGGCAUUGUCAUUGCCGUACAAUCGUGCCUUCUUGGUGGUCAGUUGGCAUGGUCUGGAAUGUGAUAUGAAUUGCCUAUACUGGUUGGCGUUUUGCGGUUUGCUGGGCAGUCUGGUUGGUGCAUUCCUUGUCGAUUGGCAUGGACGCCGCAAACUAUGCUCACUUUCUCUAUUCCUAGCAGGCAUUAUUAUUGUCAUGGUUGGCGGUGUAUUCGAGCAUUUGGAAUCGGUGCAAAAAACCUACUAUGACAUCAAUUUGCAAGCGAUUGCUUUACUGAUGUUGCUUUUCGAGCUAAUUGUGGCCGGCGGAGUGGCAGUGCCGGCAUUAAUCUAUACAGCGGAGGCAUUUAGUGUAUCGCAUAAGGCACGUUGUUUGGCUGGCAUUUUGAUAUGCGAACAGACGCUACAAUUGGGAUUAAUGGUAGCUGCCUUUCAACAUUUUCUCACCGAUUCUAUAUUCUUUUUUACCUUCGGUGGCCUCAGUUUUGCAUUCGGACUGCUUGUUUUCAUGCUUAUGCCAGAAACAAAGCAGUUAACCCUAUUCGAAUGUCUGAUCAAAUUCAAGAAAGUUCCUUAAGAUUCACCUAGUUAGUAGUGCCUAAGCACUUAUCUGUUCUCUAUAUUUAUAUAUUUAUAUAUCUCUA